AUGACUCCAAGUCUUCAAGUCAUCCACAUCGGCACUGCCACUGCCAUUUUGGACAUCAACGGUGUCAAUUUCCUUACCGAUCCCUUCUUCUCUCCCGCUGGCACCUCGUGGUCCGAUGAGCGUAUCACCCUGACGGUAUCUGAUGAUCCUGCUCUAAAACUCGAUCAGUUACCUGUGAUCGACGCGGUGCUCCUGAGCCAUGAAGACCAUUUCGACAACCUGGACGACCUUGGUCGCCAACUACUCAAUGGGCGCAGCGUUUUCACCACCGCCGAUGGUGCUAAGAACCUGGCUCCUCGCCCCACCGUUCACGGAAUGAAGCCAUGGGAGAAAAUCAACAUCACUAUCGCUGGAAAAAAGUUUGAAGUGAUUGCCACUCCUACUCAACACGUUCCAGGAAUGGAAUGCACCGGAUUCAUUGUUACAGGAGAAGACUUCGGUCACGGUCGAGAUAGUCUCCCUAACGCCAUAUACUUCAGUGGCGACACUGUCUAUAUCGAGGAGCUCAAGAAUAUCGCGAACCGGUACCACAUUAAAGCGGCUAUAAUGAAUCUGGGCAAUGCGCAUGCGCCAAACUUUGCUGAUAUGACUGCGCCUCCAUUUCAGAUUACAAUGGACGGCCAGUCUGCGGCUAGACUAUUCCGCGAUAUCAAGGCUGGUGUUUUGAUUCCGAUGCAUUAA